GAGCGCGGCGGGAGCAGCGGCGGAGGAGACUGCAUGCUUGGUGUGAUCCCGGCCGGACACGUCCCUUCCCCGAGCAGCAGGGUCCCCACACGGCGGGCCCGCCACAGCACCCAGGAUGCCCAGCAGGACCAGCCGCUAUGCCCGGUACAGCCCCCGGCAGCGGCGCAGGCGGCUGCUGGCCGACCGCAGCGUGCGCUUCCCUAACGACGUCCUGUUCUUGGACCACAUCCGCCAAGGGGACCUGGAGCAGGUGGGGCGCUUCAUCCGGGCUCGGAAGGUCGCCCUGGACACCAUCCACCCCUCAGGCCUGGCCGCCCUGCACGAGGCUGUGCUCUCCGGGAACCUGGAGUGUGUGAAGCUGCUGGUCAAGUACGGGGCUGACAUCCACCAGCGGGACGAGACCGGCUGGACGCCUCUGCACAUCGCUUGCAGCGACGGAUACCCGGACAUAGCCAGGUACCUCAUCUCGCUGGGGGCAGACAGAGACGCCGCCAACGACGACGGAGACCUGCCGUCGGACCUCAUCGACCCGGACUUCAAGGACCUGGUGGAGCUCUUCAAGGGGACCACGAUGGACUGAGCCCCCCCGCCCCGCCCCCAGGGCUCGGGCCCUGCCUGGAGAAGUUGGGCGCCCACCCCCCAAGUGCUUGGAACUGCCCGCCGGUGGGACCCCGGUACCUGGGCACCCUCCUUUCUGGCCUGACUUUUUCUGCAGGUGAAUUUUUUAUUGGGAUUCUUUUUACUUUUUCAAUAAACGUCAUUCGCUA